AUGCUCAGACGGAAGAGCAACACAGCCUUCAAGCCUGCCGGCGAGGCAAAGAAGUGCAAGACCUUCAAUUCUGUCAAGACGGACGGGACGACGUCGAGCGCGCUCUGUGCGUUGUAUGAACAGCACACGUUUGAUGCCAUACUCGAGUCGACCGCCGACCUCAUUACCCGUCUGGCCAGUGAGGCUACAACCAAAGGUCCCAUAACGCGCUUUCAUGCCAAGCAACCUCCCGAAGUCGGCCUGCGGGCUUAUCUGACCAGACUGGUCCAGUAUACGCCCUACAGUCACGAUGCGAUCUUGCUCCUGUUGCUCUAUAUCUAUCGUCUCCCCAAAGCAGCAGACCCGACAGACACUGUCUCACCCUUGAGCAGCAAAUCAUUCGACGAGCCUACCGACCUGACUGCGCCUUAUCUGCGCACGGGGAUACUACAACCCCACGAGAUUGCGCUCAGGCGACAAGAUGCAGCGUCUUCGAGUAGCUCGUCGCUCUCUUCGCUCGCAUCGCUAGACUCCGUCGCCUCCUUGCCCUCGCUCGCGUCCACUUCUUCCAGUUCGGCCUCCAGUAUCACAGGCAGCUCGUUCGAUCUCACGCGUCCGAGCGAUCGCAAGUCCCGCUUCAGGCUCAGAAAGAGGGAACAAGCGCCGCCUGUGUCCAUGAACACUUUCACCAUGCACCGGCUCGUCCUCGCCACCCUUCUCGUCGCGAGCAAGUUCAUCUCCGAUUCACAUAUCACCCAAACGAGAGCGGCCAAAGUAGGAGGUCUGACGCCGAUGGAACUGCGCGCACUGGAGAUCGAUGUCCUCUUUGAAUUGGACUGUCGGUUGACGUGGACAAAGGACGAGAUGGAUGAUAUUGCUAGAUUGCUCUGUCGAACCAUGGCGAAAGCUAGUGCGCCCGAAACUGACAAUCCUACGGUGAGACGGAAAUCGCAAGUGGAACGACCACCGCCUCGGUCUGCACUCGUCCGCACGCAAUCGGGCACGACGCCUUCGCUUGCGCCUAGAAGAUCUGUGGCCAUCAUCACGCCCAGCUCAGACUCCGAAGACGCGUCCUCUCUAUCCGGCGAGAGCUCACAGUCGGAUGCCAUCGCCACUGCUCUCUGCCAGACCUUGAACGCAUCACCCCGUCGAAGGAGCCCCAAGCACGCCGAAGUCUCUUUCUGGGCAAUGAGAGAGCACGACGAACAUGCGCAGGGGGAGACAGCGAGCGGGAGCGAAGAGGAAGAAGGAGCUUCUUCGCCCGGCGCACACAGCUUUCGCUCGAGCAGGACGACGACAAAGUAUGACAGUAUGACGCCGCGUAUGCGUGCGCUAUCGACCACUUCCUCACCUCGCCUACUGUCGGACUCGGAUGACGAUCGAGGCCAAGCAGACAGUCCUCCCAGAGGAUCACCCUGA